AGAUCUUGAAGAUCAAUACCUGCUUCGAUUGACAUCGAAAGCACGUGAAAAAUUAUUCACUACAAUUAAUACCAUUUCAGAAUAUUUUGUCACAAAAUGUAGUAAUAGUAGUAAUAGUAAAAAUGAGAAAAAUAAUCAACAUAUCAUCAAUUCAGAUGAAACAUAUCUAUGUCAACUUGGUGAUAUUAUGUUUGAUUGUGUCCAAUAUGAUUGUUUACGUCGGUUGCGUUACUACUGGUUACCAAGAUGGUUAUUACACUGGGAAAGAAUCAUUAGAGAUUGUCAAUUUUUACCAAAUAAUCUCGGUGGUUCUAGUUUAUUCUACAUACCAUCACGUUGUUCAUCAUUACUGAAAGAUGAUGUUGAUGAUGAUGAUCAAACUCAGCAUAACAAUCAUCGUGAGUCGAAAUCGUUCAGUGUAGGUAUACAACGCACUAAAUCAUUGACUACGUCGGAUAUAGUUGAUGAACAACAAGCUGGUGAUCGAGAUGUUGCGGAUCAUGAUGAUGCUGACGAGGUGCAAUAUGAAGAAACGGAUGAAUUAUUUGACAAUAUCAAUAAUGAUCAAUCAAUUGUUGAUCGACAGAGUUCAUCAACGCAAACAACACGUAAACCAUCAAGUACACUGUCGAAUGAUGAGAAAACAUGGAAUAAAGAAAUUUAUGAUUUAGCUAUUAAAACAGCUUUAUCAAAAACUGGUCUAAUUCAAUGUAAUCAUAAUAAUGAAUUAUUAAGAAGCAUGCCAAGAAAACGUUUAAAAUCUUAUGUUCCAUCACGAUUGAAUUCAUCUAAUCAUAAAACAACAACAAUGAUGACACAAUUAUCAUCAAAAAUGUCAACAAAUGAUGAUAUAAUACAAUUAUUAUUAUUCAAUAAACAUUCUAAUCAACAAUCAAUAAAAAAUAAAUCAUUAUUUAAAAAAUUCAAUUUAUCAUCUACUAUACCAUAUGAUUUAAAUAAUAUUAUUGGUUUAAAAAAUUGUCCCGGUUCAAAAUGGCGGAAUUUAAAAAUUCAAAAUUCAACAACAUUGUCAAAUAUAACAAUGAAAACAAUAAAGAAUCAUCAUUCAUUAGAGAAUCAAAAAAGUUCCAUUGUGAUUGAUUCGUUUAUGUCGACAUUAGGAAUAAAUAAUAAUGAUAAUAGUAAUAAUAAUAUAUUUUCAUCAAAUUUAAAACAGCAUGAUAUCAAAGUGAAAUCAUCUCAACAUAAAUUAAUCAAUACUGGUAAAUUGGAAUUAUUGGAAAAAGCAGAAGAAUCGUUGACUACAACGAAAUAUCAAAAAGAUCAGAAUUAUUCCACUGAACAAAUAUUGAAAAACAAGUGUUUAUCAGCAAUACACGCAGAUGCUGCAUCUGGUGGUCCAUUUCAAUCAUAUUUAGAAAG